CCGGUUGUCUUCCCUCCAACUCCAAGCGCAUACCGUCAUCUUGGAUCCUCCACCAUUCUCAAUUUCUCCGCGUACGAAAGAAAACGACCGAGAAAGCAAGCGGGAGAGCAAAGAUUUGGCAGCCGGAGGAAUAGAAAAUCACACGCAUCACACUCAAGCAAAGGGAAAGGAAAGAAAAGGAGGGGAAAAAGAAAAGAAAUGGGAGAUUUUUUCAAGGCCGUCUUGGGACGGCCGAAUUUCCAUGCUAUCGUCUACCCCGCCCCCAUGAUCAUCAACUCCUUUCUUUGGCGUUUCCCCCACACUCCUCCUUCGACGGUCGAAGAAGCCAUGGGCUGCGUCCAGGCCAAACCCUCCUCUCCCAGCUCUCCCUCCCACCUCGAGGCGAGGAAACACGUCUACGGGUACGACGCCGGCGGCGGGCCGGCGGCGAAGAGGCAGCAGCACAGGGCCGCCCCGCACCGCCCAUACAUCAGGGGAAGGGAGGAAAGGACCCUCACGAGGGAAGGGGAGAAGGAAAGCAAGAGCGAGGCAGUCCCGCCUCCGUCGAAGCCGGCCGGCAGGGGCGGUGGGCCGACGGACGAGCAGGUGGACGGCUGGCCUCGCUGGCUCACGGACAAUAUCCCCCGGGCGGUGCUGGCCGGGUUGGUGCCCAGGAGCGCCGACUCCUACGAGAAGCUCGAUAAGGUAGGCCAGGGGACCUAUAGCAACGUGUAUAAAGCUCGAGACCGUGAUACUGGAAAAAUUGUCGCUCUGAAAAAGGUUCGUUUUGAUACAUCAGAAUCUGAGAGUGUGAAAUUUAUGGCAAGAGAAAUUAGGAUAUUGCAAAAGCUGGAUCAUCCCAAUGUCAUUAAGCUUGAAGGGCUGGCUACUUCAAGAAUGCAGUAUAGCCUUUACUUGGUCUUUGACUUUAUGCAAUAUGACUUGGCAAGGGUUAUCUCUCGCACUGGUGGGAGGCUCACUGAACCACAGGUUAAGUGCUACAUGCAGCAGUUGUUGUCGGGUCUACUGCACUGCCAUGAGAGGGGAAUUCUACACCGAGAUAUUAAGGGUUCCAACUUGUUAAUAGACAAGCAUGGAGUGCUGAAAAUUGCUGACUUUGGCCUUGCAAACUAUUUCAAUCCAAACAACAAACAGCCACUUACAAGCAGAGUAGUGACACUCUGGUAUAGGGCACCAGAACUGCUUCUGGGCACUACGGAUUAUGGCAUUGGUAUUGAUCUCUGGAGUGCAGGUUGCCUUCUUGCUGAGAUGUUUGCUGGGAGGCCAAUUUUGCCUGGUAGGUCUGAGGGUGAGCAACUCGAUAGGAUAUUUAAGCUCUGUGGAUCCCCACCAGAGGACUACUCGAGAAAGCUAAAGUUGUCUACUAGCUUCCGACCUGCACAAACUUACAAACCGACUGUCUUGGAAACUUUUAAAGAUUUCCCUUCUUCUGCCUUGCGUUUGCUGACCAUACUUCUUGCACUGGACCCCUCAUGUCGUGGUACUGCAGCUUCUGCUUUGCAAAGUGAGUUCUUUACCUCAAGCCCGUUGGCUUGUGACAUUUCAGGCCUCCCUGUAAUUUAUAAUGAAGAAAAUGAUGAACCAGCUCAACCACGUGAAAGGCAAAAGCGCAAAGGUUCCAAACUGAACCAUCGGUCUCGCACACAAAAAGACAACCAAAAAAAUAUGGAACAAACUAUUGUCAAAACAAAAGCGGAUUCUGGAUCUUCCAAAGAGGAGGAGAAGGCUGCAGAUCGGACAACACGUAGCCAAGAAUUGGAUUACAGUACAGGAAGCACUUCCUCUGGUGUAAAGCCCAGAGUCUCUGUGGCUCCACCUGCAUCCCUAUCACCAGUGACAUCGUCAGUCCAAGGACAAUCAUGCAGAACAGAGGGCCAUCCUUCAGCCUCUGGGAUUACCAGGAACUUGCCUCCACCACCAUCCAUGAAGGCAAAUGCUGGAGGCGAGAAAGAAUGCAUUGAUGGCAUGCACCCAUAUGGUUCAGAAAAGAGGUCUGCCUCCACUUCAGAAUUCCGCAGGUUGGAUGGACAAGAUACAGCUAAACAUUAUGUUCUUGUUGAUUAGAAUGGUGCUACAAAAUUUUUCUUGUUUUGCUGCUUCUAUGUCAUUUCCCUGAGGCAAUCUCCCUUAUGUGUCAUUGCUCAAUUGUAGAGACUGGGUUAAUAGCAAUUAAUAUGAUGUCCAAUUAGCAUAAUUCAUUUCCCUAGUAGUUUAGAGGUUGUCCUUAAACUGGAAACGCAAGCAGAAUCAGAUAAAUGAUGUAUUUAGCAGGAUGUUUGCAUAUCCUCUGAUAGGGGUAUUCCAGGGAAAAGAAAACGCGCAAACGCAGGGAUAAAAAUUGGGCAAUUUGGAGUUACUAAUCAAAGAGCUAAUUACUUUGAACUGUUUUGAAAAGAUGACCAUGGUAUGCAUGCAUCUGCCAUGACAAUAUUUAACACCCCAAGUCAUUCAUUAGUAUAAAAAAAUUCUUAUGUCAAAUUCAGAGCAAUCUAUAAUUAUUAUUUUCUUUGAACAUGCUCACUCUUAUAGAUUCAUUAUGCGCUGCAUAUACUUUUAUAAAAAUUGAUGUUCGCAUGAGUGGGUUUAACAUCACACGGAUGCGGCAGAAAGAUGAUGGUUCUUUUCCGUGUGAGUAUGUCAAAUACCUCUCUGGGCUUCGGCACAAACCCUCCGUGUGAGUAUGUCAAACCUAGCACCACCGAGGCUACCAGCGGACCAGUAGCCCUUCCAAAUUCCGUGUCCGAGUAAGGAGCAUCCGGUCUUCACAAUUUAAUCGACGCCCGCGCGUUUCGAACUCGGAAUCAUUUGAAUGGAAGUAAGGCUCUGUUCCACUGAGCUACCAUCUCAAUGGCAAGAUGAUGAUAAUGAUGGUUCUUUUCGGCUGAGUAUAGAACACUAGAAAACAAAACAGUUUUUAUUAUUGGUUACAGAGGGGAAAAAAGGGAUACAAAAUUAUUUGAAAAUAAAUGGUAGGAAUCUACCAAAAAAAAUUGAAGAAAAACAAUCCUUGAAAAGAAGAUGGACCACGAUCAAAGGGAUUGGCACAUAUCAUGAUCUAAGAGUUCUGCGGCAAACCAAUUAGAUCGUCCAUGUUACUUUUACACAGUUUUUGUUUUAAAUCAUUUUGUGCCAUUAAGUCCUUAAUACUUUCUACCUUCCAGAGCCCGUGGUAUCUUAUACUCUUAAUUUUGGCAUGGAUCCUUUUCCGCAGCUGGAGAAGGCUUGCAUAAAAAAGGUGCUAGCAGCACUUCCAGUUUUUAAUUCAAUCCAAAAACCUUUAUCAGGGCCGCGAGGAAUUUGUGAAUUUUGGAGGAAGGCUAAGAUAUCGGGCAGUCCAUAUUUUAUUUGCUUAGAUGUUCUAGUUCAUGAAGCUUCAACAGGAAAAAGAAAAAAA